UUAAAUAAACUACCCCAUAAAUUAGUUGGUAGACUUAUGCCAUUUCAAAAAGAUGGUAUCAAGUUUGCUAUUGAGAAAAACGGACGCUGUCUCAUUGCAGAUGAGAUGGGUCUUGGAAAAACCAUUCAAGCAAUAUCUGUGGCUUAUUGCUACAGGGAAGAGUGGCCCCUCUUAAUUAUUGUUCCAGCUUCUCUCAAGUUUUGUUGGAUUGAAGAGAUAGAGAAAUGGUUGCCUGAUGUUUUACCUCACCAAAUAAAUCUUGUCCAUUGUGGUACUGAUGCCAAUGGCAUAGACAAUAGCCCCAUCACUCUUGUGACUUACGGGCUGCUGAGAAUGCCCACCAGCAGACUUGUCAGAGAGGCAAUAGAAGCGCGUCAAUUCAAAGUCAUCAUUUGUGAUGAAUCCCAUUAUCUUAAGAACCACAAGAGCUUGUCCACCAAAACGGUUAUUCCUCUAAUAAAAAAAGCCAACAGACGGAUUUUGCUCUCUGGCACUCCAGCGUUAUCAAGACCAGUUGAGCUGUACCCCCAAAUUGAUGCCAUCUGCCCCAACCAGUUUGGCACAUUCUGGAAAUACACAGAACGUUACUGUGAUGCACACACUGUGUUCUUUGGCAAGUUCAAAAAAAGAGAAUGCAAUGGCGCCAGUAACCUCCUGGAACUUCAGCAGAAGUUGACCAGCCUGCUAAUGAUCAGACGUGAAAAAAGUGAGGUACUGACUGAACUACCUCCUAAACAGAGGCAGCGAGUUUUAUUUGAAUUAAAAGAUUCUCCAAUGAAAAAGGAAAUACUAAAAAGUUUUGCUGAGCUCAGACAAACAAUUGUCCAAGGUAAAGGAGGCAUUUUACAUCCAGACCAAUAUUUGGACACGGAAUCACGAGCCGACCAGAGCGUACACUACCAGAUAUCUAAACUCUAUAAAUUGAGUGGGGAUGCUAAAAUAGGUCCAGUGCGAGAGUACAUAGAAAUGUUGUGCGAGAACGAAGAGUUAAAGUUCCUGGUGUUUGCGUACCACCACGACAUGAUGGAUGGGAUACAACAGACACUGUGGGAGAAGAAAGUCAAGUUUGUCAGAAUAGAUGGAAAAACAAACAGCGCUGAUCGGCAGGUUUAUGUAAAACAAUUUCAGUCAGAUAAAGAUACUAGGGUUGCGGUACUUAGUAUACUCGCAGCAGGUGUGGGUCUAACAUUUACUGCAGCAAACUUGGUUGUAUUUGCGGAGCUGUACUGGACCCCUGGGGUCAUGGUGCAGUGUGAGGACAGGGCCCAUCGUAUCGGACAGACCAGCAACUUGUCAGUUCAUUAUCUUGUUGCCAGGGGAACUAUGGACGAGUGGGUGUGGUCAGCCGUGUGUAAAAAGACUAUAGUCACAAGCACAGCUCUAACUGGCCACACCAGACAACUGGACCACGAAGAAGGUGAAGGUUACCAAGUGGCCUUGCUCUCUAAUGCUGACAUGUGGGAGCCUGAGAAGGUCAAGGCUGAUGUUAAUGUAUCUGACCUGGUACAGAACCAACGGCCAGCAAACCAAAGCUCCAUCCUUGAGUUUUUCAGCUCACAGCAAACGUCCACUCCAAAAUCAGCCAUCCGUAAAAGAAAAUUUUCAACAGAGCAAGACAAAUCCCACCGUAGCUUUCUAGGAAUAAAUUCUGAGAAACCCUCAUCUAGUCAUUGCACAGGAUCUAAAGAUACAUUGUCCCUUGAAGGUUCUAAUGCGCUCAAGUCUAAAUCAACCAAAAAAAUGAAGCUGUCAGAUAUUGUUGUCGUCAGUGAUGAUGAUGAUGAAACAGCAUUCAAAUGUGAUAAUAAAAAGUCGAAAGCAACAACUAAAAAGAAAAAGAAACCAAAACCAGAUACUAUUAGUUCACAAAAGCUGCUUGGCAGUAAAAAAGUUGUAAGAGAUAAAGAAAAAUCUUCUUUAAAGUUGGAUACAAGUAUUUCUAUAAUUCUAAGUGAUGAGGAAAGUAAUCCUUUACCUAGUGCUGUAUGUGGUCCAAAUGUUUCUGGUACAAAGUUUUUUGGUCAAGGUAUUCCUAAUUCAGAUAGACCUAAGGAAUCUGAAAAUCUUACUGUCAAUGAGGCUAUAGAUGAACAAGAUAAUGUGAUGAAUAGUACAAGUUUUGUAAAAUCAAAAGAUUCUCAUCCAGAUGAAGCUGCAUCAGAAAAGCUCAGUACCAUUUCACCAGGGGUUUCCAACGCUGGCACAGUACAUGAUGAACCAGAUUUUAAUAUAACUGAUGACACAUUUUUUGAAAGCCCCACUAAAAUGGGUGACAAUAGUAAUAUUGAAACUAAUUUAAAUUCUCCUAUGGAGGAAUGUGAUGUAAAAGUUGAUGCAUUUACAAAUGAAACUGUAGCCUCAUCCAAAGAUCAAGAUGCCAAGACACCAGUCAAACAUCCAAUGGUUUCAGUCCUAGAAUCACAUGACCAAACCGAUGCUAACCAUUGGUCCUGUAAAGCCUGCACAUACUUAAAUCACUUAGACCUUCCCCACUGUGAAAUUUGUGACACACCAAAAAGUAAAAAUCGUGUUUGUAAAAAUCAACGAAACAAUGCAAGAACUAAAGUAAAACGUGAAAUCAAUUCUUCAGGUUCAACUAAAAAACAGACAAUGUCAAAAGAAAUCUUACAUUCUAAGGUUGAUGAAAGUUUAGAAAUUGAAAAAAAAUCUAAAAUGUCAUCAGGUCAAGAUCAGCUUGACCCUCUACAUCAGGAGUCUGAACUUGAGGUUAAUUCCUCACCAUUUACAAGAAUCAAUGGCUCUUCAGACUCACCACUUUCCAGAAACAAGAGACAUAAACCCAUCAAACACGAGGCUUCAUGUUCUAGUGAAGAAUCAAUCCUUAAAACUUUGUCACCUGAUUCUAUGCAAAUGUCUUCUUCAUUAGAUAAUUCUAAAAGUUCCGAACAAUUAGAAACCAAAUUUAAUAAUUCAAUAGAAAGUAAUUCUAAUACAAAUAAAAGCUCUGAACAAUUAGAAAUGGACGUAAAUAAUUCAGAUAAAGAACCAACAGCCAAAACCCUACCUGGUUUUAUGAAUAUUGAACCAACAGAAAAUAAUUCCGUGUGUGAAAGUUCUAAUCAGUUGGCAGCCAAGGCAGAUAACUCAAUCAGCACAGAUGGUGAGAAUGCAGGGGAAGGGCAGAUAAUUCCUGUACAUCAAGUUUUCAAGUACAGCUGCAGCUUGUACACUGGACGGAUAUAUGUUUAUGAUGAGAGCGGAAUGUCUCUAGAUGCAAACUUCCAUCCCAUGGACAUCGAGGUAGGAAAUUUUGAUGAUUUGCCAGAGUUGCUUCAGCUGCCUCAACAUCAGAAACUGAUUAAAAAAUUCACUAGGGAGUGGUCAAGCCUAUCAGAAACAAAAAGAAAGUUGAUUGCCAAAAGCGGACUCUACUUCACCAGCCCACUGGCUGUGUACGAGGCAGUAAAGACAACUACGGGAAGCAAACAGAGACAUUUCACAAAGGAAGACAAUAUAAUGACAGCCAUUAAGCGUGCAGAAAACAUCAAGGGUUCUGUUAGGAUGAUAGCUAAGCAUUCAGAGAUACCGACAAAUAUAAAUAAUUCAGAAGAUUUAAAAAUGAAAGGUAUUGUGCAGACAGUGACAGAGGAAGGCGUGCCAGUUUGUCUGCAGUGCCAGAAACCUUACUCUAACCCCCUGCUGUCUGCUGAGACAAUAUCAAAGCCAGAGAAUGCCUGGCAACUCAGGCUGUGUUCACAUGCCUGUAUGGAUAAAUAUUGGACAAUAACCAAGGGAAGCUACUGUAGAGACAAAAUCUAUGAGAUUGAACAUGGAGUCUGCAAGUUGUGUAACUUUGAUGCCCAGGCUUUGUUCACCCAGGUUAAGUUUGUUAAAGACUUGACUACAAGAGCUGAUCUAGUUAACAAAAGCCCUUACCAAACCUUGACAUGCAAACAAAAACAGAAGAUGAUAGAAACCCCAAUGGCUGGUCAGUUCUGGCAUGUUGACCACAUCGUGCCAGUUUGGCAGGGCGGGGGCAUGUGCGACCUUGACAACCUACGCACGCUGUGCACACUCUGCCACCUGAAGGUCACCCGCAGGCAAGCCACCCAAAGAGCAUCCAUGAAGAAACUCAGCCUCUCUUUCAGCAAUGGAGACAUUACAGCAUUCUUUCAAAAACAAUAGCAGUUAAAAAUUCUGGACUAGUAGAAGAAUUCUUCAUAAAUUUAAUGUACAGAGUGUUCUAUUUAUUGUUACAAACUAUACUUUCCAAUUGCUACAUAACAACCAGGCCACUCUUCAUUAGGGAAUUUAAAUAGUUUUUAAGCUAUUACUUUCACAUUUUAGUUCCACCACAAGAAAGGACAGCAGUUAUAUCUUAGUUAUUAAUUCCAUUGAAUUCCAUUAAUCCAAUACAUAAUAUAAUUAAAGACUAGGUCUAUACCAGACAUAAUCUGUAUCUAUUUGAUUAACCUUUAUUGAUAAAUUAUAACACAUGAAUCCAAAUUAAUUAUUGUAAAACAUGUUUAAUUGUUAUUAGGUGUUGAUAUGCAAAGAAACUACGAUUUUUAAUAUCCAUUUUGUGGUUUAUCUUUCUCAAUAUCCUCAGACUUAACAUAGGUCAAAGAUUGUUAA